GUAGCUUACUCAAGGCUGAGGACUUUCACCAUGACCCAUAAGUCAAUUCAAGCACCUGCAAUGCCAGGCAGGAGCAAGGGGAGUGAUCUGCAUGUGUCAGGAAUGGACUCGCCAAUAAUGGUGGGACUCACCUGCCUUGUGGGUUGCAGUACCAGGACUGGCCAGCGUGUGCUCUCGACAACCAGAGGCUCACUCCGGCAAUUAGCCACCACCUGGGGCUGAUUGCAGGUAGUGUAUUUAAGGGAUGGCCAGACCUGCAGUCAGUGCCUUGUUGUACUGUUUGCUUGGCCCUGGUUUCCUGAUCCUGUUACUUCUGUCGUGACUCUGCUUAAACUCUGCCUGUACUGA